AUGACUCAUAUCAUCCGUUUGUUACACAUUUGUGAUGCUGAUGAGAAGCCUUCGUUGCCAUAUGUGUAUGAAGGGAUGUAUCGAGCAAGAUUAGGCAUUAAACAGAUGUUCCAAGGAAAACGCCCUCUCUACAAGCCUUAUACGAACAUCAUUGAUAGGAGAUGGGAUCGUAUGUUGCGUCAUGAUCUUCAUGCUGCAGCAUACUAUUUGAACCCGACUUUCAACUAUGAUCCUACAUUUUCUGACAAGCCUGAGGUUAUGAGUGGAUUGAUGAAUUUAUUUGAGAAACAAAUAGAGAAUAGUAAAACAAAGCUGUUUCAAGAGCUUAAGAUGUAUAGAGAACGUGAAGGCAGCUUUUCUCGCCCUAUGGCUCUAUCUUGCAGCAAAACAUCUCAGCCAAAUGAAUGGUGGAGAUAUUUUGGUUUUAAUGCUCCUAAUUUGCAAAAGUUAGCAAUAAGAAUUCUUAGUCAAACCGCUUCUUCAUCUGGAUGUGAACACAAUUGGUCUGUAUUUGAGAUGAUUCAUACCAAGAAGAGGAAUAGACUAGAGCAUCAAAGACUUAAUGAUCUUAUCUUCGUGCACUACAAUCUACGUCUGCAACAUAGAGAGUUUUGGAUUAUUGAAGAAGAAGAAGCAGGUGAACUUGAACUUGAUGAAUUAGAAAAUGCUCUUGCUGAAGAAUAUCCCAAAGAUCAUGAAGAGAUGAACCCUGAAAAUUCUAAUGAUUUUGAUGAAGACUUCACUAUGCCACCUGAAGAGUAUGAAGGGAAUGAUGGUGGAGAUAACCAAAAUUAG